GGCGGCACCCGGACAUGCGGCACAACGCGCGGCCCCUGGGUGUGCUGGCAGCCGUGGCUAAGGGACUUCUCCUGCUCUGGACCGUGCCUGCACACAGCACUCAGCCCCCAUCCCCAAAGCAGACCCAGGCCUUGGUGAGGCACAUGGCCGAGGAUGCGCAGGAACUCUUCAAACUCUACGAGCAGGAGCAGCACCUGGCCCACAGCUUGUGCCGGGCCAACAGCUCGCUGGAGUGGCUGCGGGGGAAUUUGGGGCCACGGGUGAAGGAUCUACGGGCACUGCAUGGCACCAUGACUCGCAUGGAGCGGGAGCUGCAGGACAUCACCCUGCAUCAGAGCAACCUCCAUCCACCCGAUGCCGCCAUCCUGCACCGCCUCCGCGGCGCCCACAUGAAGGUGCGCGGGCUGCUGGCCCACCUGCAGGACACCAUGGAGGCCCGCGGCAUCGUCCCCUCCACCAUCCCUCCACCCCGGGGGCCGGCGGCCAGCAAGGUGUUCCAGCAGAAGCUGCGGGGUUGUCGCGUGCUGUGGAACUACGCCCGCUUCGUGGCCAAGCUCAGCGCCCGCAUGGAGCGCAUGGAGCGCACGCGGGCACGGCGCGAGGAGAGGGGCCGGCGGCGAGGCUGGCGACGGGGAUGGAGGACAACCAGACCCUAA